CAGCAGCAGCAGCAGCAGCAGCAGGACGGGUCCAGAGGAAAGCAGUCAUCACCAGAGAUCACACACCAGCUUCUACAACUGAAGGCAAGCCCCACCCCCCUCUUCUCCCUCUUCUUUUUCCUCCCUCAUCCUCUGCUCUUUUUCCGUCUUGAUGUGACGCAGUGUUGCUGACCUUCCUUUAUCCCCUUCCUCUCUCCUCAGCGUGUGCCAGUGGGACAGCCAUGGAGGACACCCUCACCUGCAGCCAUGCCACCUUCUCCCAGGUGUUUGGACGCCAGGGACAGCUCAUGCACGCCACGGUGCAGUCUCUCAACAGCCUGAACGACCAGAUUGCUCAGUUCAUGGUGACCAGACCCUGCAGCCUGGCUCAUGAGGACGAGUCCUUCAUGCCGGGAGAGAGGGACACCUUGAGGAAGCCCAUGACUCUGAUGAGACACCUGCUAAUGGACGCUCAGGUACAGCCUCUGCCCUCUUAA